CCAAAACUCUAUCUCCGUUGACUUUUUCAAACUUGUUCUUCUCCUGCUUCCUCUUAUCCCUUGGAUUCUCAGAAAUUUCAGACAACAUCGAUAUCAUAGAAAGAAACACCCAGAAUCUCUGCUUCUUCUCCUGCGUUAGUUCUGUUUUUUUUUUAAAAAAAAAUUCAGCUUCUUGUUGUUGUUCUUCUUCUCCAUCUUAUUCCUUGGAUUCUCAAAAAAUUCAGAUCGAUAUCGUAAAAAAAACCCAGAAUCUCUGUUUCUUCUCCUGCAUUAGUUCUGUCUUUUUUUUUUUUUUCUGGCGAUGGAUACACAGCAAAAUUCAAAGCCGAAGAACAGCAAUAACAACAGUAUAUUGAAGAUGCUUCCCAAAGCGAUGUCGUUUGGACAACGGCUAGCUCCGUUUAGCCCCAGAAGAGAUCUUCACCAUCACCAAUCAACGUCGACGUCGACGGCGGCGGCGGCGGCGGGAAACAGAGCGUUUCUGUCCGGUCCGAUUACCCGGUUAGUUCCGGUCGAGGCCCGGUUAAGGAAAAGCAAAAACGACGGCGUUAUGGAUGAGCCCACGUCGCCGAAAGUUUCCUGCAUCGGUCAGAUCAAGCUCGCGAAGACCAAGUGCUCGGAUACGAAGAAGAAGCCACACAGAGUUCCUCCGGCGAAACCCAAAACGGCGUCGUCCCGUUCCAAAGACGAAGACAGAGCACGUCCUUCGAUGAUCAAGCGUAUGUUCUCGUCGGCGGGAGCGAAGCCGCCGGAAAAACCUCCCCCCGCCGCCGCUUCCGCCGGAGACUUAGCCGGUGAUCGUCCGUCGCUGGGUCAGAUGAAGAAGUUCGCGAGCAGCAGAGAAGCGUUCGCGGGCUUCGACUGGGCGGCGGAGAUGAAGAGCCGGGAAGAAUCUCCGGCGACGGUGUAUCGUCGGCGGGAGUAUUUUUCCGACGACGAAGAGAGGGUGAUUGCGUUUUCUGCUCCGUUGCCGCUGAACGAGACAGAAGGUUUGAAGCCGAAGAAAGAAAUUAACCUGUGGAAGAGAAGAACUAUGAAUCCGCCGAGGCCACUUCAAAUUAAAGAUGGUUGAUUUUCUUUUCAUGUUUAUUUCAUUUCAUUUUUAUUUCGAUUUACGAAAGUUGAAUACACCGAUAAUGGAAUUUUCGGAAUCUUAUAUUUGUGUAUACGCUAAAAAUACAUAUGAUUCGUUAAAACAUCAAUGAUCCUUGUGAAUACAAUAAAAGCAA